CGGUGCCCGGUGGUUCUAGAAGAAUGUGGUGUUCGGUGCCGGAGCGGCUCCAGCUGCACAUGGCCAUGUUGGCCAUGCAAUUCGGCUACGCUGGGUUCCAUGUGGUGUCCAGAGCCGCCCUCAAUAUGGGCAUCAGCAAGAUCGUCUUCAUCGUUUACAGGAACAUCAUCGCCUUUCUCCUCCUCGUGCCUUUCGCUUAUUUUCUUGAAAAGAAAGAGAGGCCUGGGAUCACUCUUAAAUUCUUGGUGCAGUUCUUUAUCCUUGCCCUUGUCGGAAUAACGGCAAACCAAGGAUUCUACUUCUUGGGUUUGGACAACACUUCACCCACCUUUGCUUCAGCAAUCCAGAAUUCUACCCCAGCCAUUACAUUCCUCAUGGCUGCCCUACUCAGAAUAGAACAAGUUCGGCUCGACCGAAAAGAUGGCAUUGCGAAGGUCGUCGGGACCAUCGUCUGUGUUGCCGGAGCAUCAAUCAUCAUCCUCUUCAAGGGACCGGCCAUAUUCACUCCGGCACCACCACUUCACGAGCCCACAAAAUACACAAGCAUGUUCCUCUCCUUAGGUGACGCGAAAGGCAAGAACUGGACCUUGGGCUGUGUCUUCUUGAUUGGACACUGCCUCUCCUGGUCUGCUUGGCUCGUGCUGCAGGCCCCAGUCCUCAAGAAAUACCCAGCUCGGCUCUCGGUGACAUCAUACACUUGCUUCUUCGGGCUCAUACAGUUCUUGAUCAUAGCUGCUUUCACGGAGAGAGACCCGCAUGAAUGGCUCAUUCACAGCGGUGGAGAGCUCUUCGGCAUCUUCUACGCGGUGAGCUAA